AUGAAGAUUGCUGCAAUCCAAAUAGAUUUCUUGGGAUCCACAAUUGGACAGGGAGAAAUCAGAUUGCAAGCCCAUAUAAUAACCAAGGUGGCCAAUUUUCCUGAAGAAACCCUGAAGGAAACUAAGGGAUUAAGGUCUUGGUUGGGCUUACUCAACUAUGCACGCAGCUACAUUAAAGAUUUGGGCCGAAUGUUAAGCCCACUUUACUCAAAAGUCAGCCCAAAAGGAGAAAGGAGGCUCAAUUCUCAGGAUUGGAGCUUAAUCAAGGAAAUCAAGAGACGAAUCCAAACUCUACCUAAUCUGUCAAUACCACCUGAGAGAUGCGUCAUUAUCCUUGAAACAGAUGGCUGCAUGGAAGGAUGGGGAGGAAUAUGCAAAUGGAAGAAGGCAUUAAAGGAUCAUGUUCCGAGAAUCUGA